AUGCUACGUCCUCCUCGACAAGAAGAUCUUGAGGAGGAACUCGGUCUUUCUCCUAACACGGUUGUAGACUGGUUCAGUUUUUGCCGUGAAGUUUGUGCAUUCUGGACCGACAAGUAUAGCGAGAAACUUGGAGGUCCAGGACGCGUUGUUAAAAUCGAUGAGGCAAAGAUUGGACAUCGAAAAUACAAUCGUGGUCGCCUUUUAAAAGGCACUUGGAUUUUCGGAGGAUAUGAGCGAGGAUCAAAAAAAAUUUUUAUUCUACCAGUAGAGGAUCGAACAGAGCAAACACUCCUGGCAUGUAUCAAGGAAUGGAUCAUGCCAGAAACAACAGUUGUUUCUGAUUGUUGGAAGUCCUAUAACUGUUUAAACAAUGAGGGCUUCCAACAUCUUACUGUGAAUCAUUCCUACAAUUUUGUCGAUCCAGAUACUGGUGCCCAUACACAGCACAUUGAGCGCGUUUGGCGAGAAGUUCGGGCAAAUAUUCCAAGAUAUGAGACUCGAUCGGAUCAUGUCGAGGGAUAUUUGUUCGAAUUUCUAUAUAAACGCGCUCAUCCUAGAGCUGAAAAAAUAGAAAAUUUCUUUGAUCUCAUCGCUGAGUUGUAUCCUCCGAUGUCACCAGCCGAGUGCCAAAACCAAGCCGAAGCCGAAUAUACCACCGACACUGAAACGUCUAAUGCAUCACUUCACAAAUAA